GGUCUGCUGUGCAGCCUGAAGCCUGAAUGGAGAGUCUCAGCAGCAGCUCAUGCAUUUGCAUUUGAUGCAGACUUCUUGUAGACUUCAGUCGGCGGACCCAGCACCGCGGAUGAACUUAGCAAAACUUUGCUGAUCGGGGACUGAGUGCAUCCGGGGUAAAACAAGGACAAAGUGCUGUCACUUGGGUGUUUGAACUUUGUGCGACUUAAAUACGUUGUCUGUGUGUUACUCGAGCUGGGUGUAUGUUUGCGGGCCUUAAAGAGCUCCGGCUUGAAGAAGUGCGGACGGGACUAGGUUUCCUGGCGGAGUAGCACUAAGUCCUCAGUGCAACAGCCUGCCGGUGCACAGUCAGCCGCUGAGCUCGAUUCAGACGGACGAAGUGCGCUAAAACUGGAGGGUUUAACUUCGGGAUGCUUCCGUGUCGCGAUUAACAAACAACAACAACCCGUCUUCAGCUAAGUAACGCGCUUAUUUCCCCCGUUUGGACCGUUUUGAAGAGCAGCUGUCUGUCCAAACCGACGGACUUCUCGACACUGGAAGGACUUGGAACUGAACUCAAGAUGUCAAUUUUGCCUUUCACUCCCCCCAUUGUCAAAAGACUUUUGGGCUGGAAGAAAGGAGAGCAGAACGGCCAGGAGGAGAAAUGGUGCGAAAAAGCCGUGAAAAGUCUGGUGAAGAAGCUGAAGAAGACGGGACAACUGGACGAACUGGAGAAAGCCAUCACCACCCAGAAUAUCAACACGAAAUGCAUCACCAUACCAAGGUCUCUGGAUGGCCGUCUGCAGGUUUCCCACAGAAAAGGUCUCCCCCACGUCAUCUACUGCCGCCUGUGGCGCUGGCCCGACCUGCAGUCCCACCAUGAGCUGCGGGCAGUGGAACUGUGCGAGUACGCCUUCCACACAAAGAAGGAUGAAGUGUGUGUCAACCCGUACCACUACCAGAGAGUAGAGACGCCGGUACUUCCACCAGUGCUGGUGCCCAGACACACAGAAAUCCCCAGUGAGUUCCCACCGCUGGAUGACUACAGCCAUUCAAUCCCCGAAAACACCAACUUCCCUGCUGGAAUUGAGCCCCAGAGCAACUACAUACCAGAAACGCCACCACCAGGCUACCUCAGUGAGGAUGGAGAAACCAGCGAUCACCAGAUGACCCACAGCAUGGACACAAGCUCCCCAAACCUGUCACCUAACCCUGUUUCACCCACACACAGCAACUUAGACCUUCAGCCAGUGACAUACUGCGAGCCGGCCUUCUGGUGCUCUAUUUCAUACUACGAGCUGAACCAGCGAGUAGGAGAGACCUUCCACGCCUCACAGCCCUCGCUGACAGUGGACGGCUUCACAGACCCGUCCAACUCAGAGCGUUUCUGCCUGGGCCUGUUGUCCAACGUCAACCGCAAUGCAUCUGUGGAGUUAACACGCAGACAUAUCGGCCGUGGUGUGCGGCUGUAUUACAUUGGAGGAGAAGUGUUUGCUGAGUGUCUCAGUGACAGCGCUAUCUUUGUCCAGAGCCCCAACUGUAACCAGCGCUACGGCUGGCACCCUGCCACGGUCUGCAAGAUCCCUCCAGGAUGUAACCUGAAGAUCUUCAACAACCAGGAGUUUGCUGCGUUGCUGGCCCAGUCUGUCAACCAGGGCUUUGAGGCUGUGUACCAGCUCACCAGGAUGUGCACCAUUCGCAUGAGCUUUGUCAAGGGCUGGGGAGCAGAGUACCGGAGACAGACAGUGACCAGCACCCCCUGCUGGAUCGAGCUCCACCUGAACGGCCCCUUGCAGUGGCUCGACAAGGUGCUCACGCAAAUGGGCUCCCCCAGCAUCCGCUGCUCCAGCGUCUCUUAGGGAGACCCCUCAUCCACCCACUUCCUGUACACCACAUCUCCUGUCAUUGACUAAAAACACACAGACUUCACGCAGACAAAAAUGGCUACACAAGUACGGAAAGAUGAUGAGCCCCCCUUAUUCAGCCAAUCCUCAAUCUGUAACUUUGUCCUUCCUUCCCACCAGCUGUCAGUAGCACUUUUUAUAUACAUGUUUUUGUUUGUGGCAAAAGGGGACAAGUGCAUUAAAGCAGUACCAUGUUAGUAUGAUCUCCACGUUUUGUCCAGAAUUAUUUCGAUGGCAAUUUUUUCCUUUGGCGUCUAUGGGCCAGAAAGGCUGUAGAAAUGGGAGGAGGGUUUUUUCUUUUCAAUUAAGAGAUUCUUAUUUUUCUUUGCUCUUUUGUUGAAAUUUAAUUUUCAUGAUUUUUACUUUUUUUUUUUUUUUUUUGUACAGAUGUUAAAGUGAACCGUGGAUUUAAAAAAAUGAAUUUAAUUUUUUUAAGCAUUAAUAACAAUUUUGUAAAGCAUAUGUAAGAUCAUGUUAAAUGCAUUUCACUUGACUUUGUUUCUGUAUUUGGGCAUUUGAUAGGUAAUGAAGAUAACGGAAUAAUGGCAAUGGUCAAACAUCACUUGUGAACACUGUGUGAAGGAAUAUACUGUAAGCCUAGUUCAAAUAAUUAGGUUUUCGUACUGUCGUCAGCCUGUGUUACUCUGAUAAGGCAAAUAACAGUGUGUUUAACUUACACCUCUGAGCUUCAGACCGAAACAAACGUUAAAGCCAGCCAGGAAUCAGUCAAACUUUAGAUUAAACUUUAACCCCCUCUCAUAGCUGUAAACCACUCACUGAUUUCAAAUUACUCUGACAAAGGCGAGUCUGAGGCUUCAGUUGGUUCUCUAAACCCAUAUGUGAGUAUUUAAAAACAGUGGGAUUCAUCAAAUGUCAUCAGGAUGGAUGAUGCACUUUUGUAAAAUGUUAGUAUUCUAGUAAGGCAAUGUGGACAAAGAACAUUCAGUGGUAGUUGUAGUUCAGUAUAGCUUCAGUAGUGCUGAUCACAGGGUUAUGUGGAAUAUAGCCUGCUUUAAUUUCAGAAAGCUUUGCCAAUUUGCAAAAUACAUUUGCAGCAUUGUAUUGUGUACUAGGCAACACCUAUAUGCAUUUACACAGAACUUGAAAACAUCUCACAUACUGUACUAUUUGUGCAAACCUUUAGUCAAAUUACAAACCGAACACACAAAAUGUAGUUGUAAUGCUUGUGUGUGGCAGGAGAGCUCUGCAGAAGGCUUUCAAGUGUAAAGAGAGCAGGAAGAUGCCUUUGCCUUCUUAAUUUUCUCUCUCAGCAGUCCAUAACAUAUUUUUAACCAUCAGUAAUAAUGACUUUUUGCACACUCAAGACGGUAAAAGAAAAAACAAAACAGUGGAAUUAUGUACAGAAACCAGUGAAAAUGUCAGAUGCAUGACUCAUGAGACUUUUUAAAGUCUAUUUUGCUACCAAUUAUUUUUGUAGGACAAUAAGGUGAUAACGUAUUGACAAAUUUGUCCUCUUAAAGUGUUUUUGCAGGAAAUGACAGAAAAUACUGCUGGCAGGUCUGGGGAUACUAACCAUGUAUUUUUGUACCUGAGAAGAUGAAGCAGUUUGAGUACAAAGCACAGCUUUUUACAAAGGGAAAUGCUUAGAUCGACAGAGGCGUGUAAAAUAGAACAGUAGCUCUUCAAAAUCUGAUGUCCCUAUUUUUUAGGUCUAUGUACAUGUCGUACAUACAUACGUGUUAUUGUGUGACCAUUAACCUGUGUAAUGUUGAUGGUUUUGGAAACUGGAGAACAAAAAAUAAGCUUAAAAUGCAAAAAAAAAAAAAUGUUUAAGUUGGGGAAAGCUAUUGGUGAGAUAGAGAAGCAUAGUCUUAGCUUUGGUCCCAUUUCCUUUCAGCCACCCACUGUGGUGGAAGUGGAUCGAUUUCCUUCUGGUUCCAUAACACUAGACAAAGACACAGUGGGUGAACAUGGACAAUAUUUUGAAUCUUUUUACAGUACUUAUUUACAUUAACCCAGCUUUUGAUGUUAAUGUCAGCCCAGUGGUGCUAAUCUUUAAUAUUUUAGGGACUCAAGAGAACAGCAAAGCCAUGAGAUUUGAUUUUUACUUAAAGCUGGUAGAUUUUGAUCUCUAUUAAAUGAUGAUGACUCGUGAACCUUCUAACUAAAAUGUCAGGUUGUUUCAGAAACAGUAGCAUCUACCAAUCUGAGACAAGCCAGCUCUUUGUAGAGCUUCUAGUGUCCUGAUCCUGAUGGGCUUUUAAACCCCAUAGUCAAUGUAAUUACCCGGUAGGGGAUAUUUUGCAAGCAAAUUUGUCAUUUUUAUACACUUCAAGAUAUAGUGCUUGUGCUCCCCCCUUUAAAUUUUCACUGUAAUCGUGAUUAUUAGUUGUGAUUUAUGCUUUUGUGCUCUGAAUUGGUCUUUUUAGAUGUCUUGUAUAAAAUUAUACCCUUUUAUUUUUCUCUGCCUAUAAAAAGUUGAUGUGAUGCUUUAUAUUUUUGUUUAUUAUUGUUGGUCUAUGAAUAAAAUAUAUAUCUUGUGGUGA